UUACCUUACUUCAAAAUUGAGAAGAGCCUCAGGUCCUUCUGUUACAAUCCCCAGGAUGCCAUGGACCAGCCGGAGAUCCUCACCUCCUGUGCACUUACUGAGACCAUGCAGGACCUCCUGGAGCACCUCCAUGAACAAAACCUCACACUGAAGGACGGGGAACCCAACCAACCAUCAUUUUUAGCGUCUCUCAGGAGCUCCAAUCUGGUAAUGGAUUUUAACCCCGUGAGGCGUGGCUCCCGUCCUCAUCAGCUUCAGAUUUCUCUUGGAGCUCCACUGUUGCCACUCAGCCCUGCUGAGAAGACCAAAGAUUCAAAAUCUGCCAGUGAGAGCAGAAAUGCAGGAAUUAAGGAGGUAGUGUGUUUUAGGACCACAUCAGAACGAGUGGGCGACUGUAAGCUGGGCAGCUGGUGGAAGCAGGCUCUGGAGACCAGAAGAGCCUCCACAGGACUGCUGCCUGCUAUCGAGCAAGUCCCUGCUGUCACAAAAGAGAAAAGACACUCUCUUGUUCUAGGAUGGCCUCAGUCUCAUGGGCUUAUCAGAGGAUGCAAACAAGAGGUUAAACAGGUAAGAAAAUGUAAUGUAGAAAUGACAAUGCACUCCAUCUCUCACAGUUGAUGUGUACUGGUGUUUGAAAGUUUGUGAACCCUUUAGAAAUUUAUACAU